AUGUUCUCAGAAGAUAGGGACCGAGCAUCAAUACUUGCUUACCUCAACGGUAGCGAUGUAGGCUGCAUGGCGAGGAGAAGCAAGAAGGUGGACCUUAGAAGCCUCUUGUCAGAGCUUCCAGGAAGUCUAUCAGCUAGCAAGACGCAAAGCGAGACUGGGAGUGACGGCAGCUAUCUGGCAAAGACAGCAGAUGGCUCUCAUAUAGACCAGCAGCAUCUCAUUAGGAGUAUCAAGCAGCACAUGGCAGGGAGGCAGCGCGAUGUGUGGAAGGACAAGGUAAGCCAAGGAAAAUCUGUGGCCUGCCAAACAGCAGCUAGCAAUGCUUUCGUGCGGGGACCAACCCAACUGAAGCCGGAAGAGGUCGUUUCCGCCUUAAUAGCACGCUCCGCGCAACUUCCCAUAAGGGCACAUCUCAAGAAGAUUAAAGCUUCUAAGGUAUCUAGUUGUCGCCACUGCACAGCAGAUCCUGAAACACUUGCCUACGUGCUUAACCACUGUCCCCUCAGCAUUGACAGCAAAAUCAAAGAACGACAUAGCAAGGCUUUGGAGAGGACUGCAACAGCAAUAAAGCGGAAUGCGGUGAAUCGGAACAGGACCCUACAGAUAGAUAGCAGUCCAGCGGGUAUGAAGUCCCUACUGAGGGCGGAUAUCCUACAUAUGGACGACAGGCGCAAGCGAAUCGCGAUGGCUGGUGUAGCUAUUGUUUGA